AUGGACUUGGGUAGAAAUGGUGAUGCUAAUAAGCUACUUCAAGCUCAAGCUCACAUAUGGAAUCACAUAUUCAACUUCAUAAACUCCAUUUCCCUCAAAUGUGCAAUUCAACUCGGCAUACCAGACAUUAAUCACAAGCAUGUUAAGCCAAUGAGUCUGGAUGAACUCACCAAUGCUUUUCCAAUUGGCAAUGCAAAAGCCCCCUUUGUCUAUCAUCUGAUGAGGAUUCUAAUCCACUCAGGCUUCUUCAUCGAGGCAAAAGUUACCCAGCACGAUGAAGAGGAAGGCCAGGAUCUGAGGCUUAAUAAUUUUUUUAAUGAAGGAAUGGCUAGCGAUUCUAGGCUAGUUGGCAGUAUUCUGAUCAGGGAUUGCAAGGAUGUUCUUUCAAUGUUGAAUUCUUUGGUGGAUGUUGGAGGUGGAACUGGAACUUUGGCUACGGAAAUUGCUGAUGCUUUUCCUGACUUGAACUGUAUUGUUCUCGAUCUUCCUCAUGUGGUUGACGGCUUGGUAGCGAAUAACAAGAGUUUAGCCUUUGUUGGAGGAAGUAUGUUUGUAGCUAUUCCUCCUGCAGAUGAUGUUACAAUGAAGUGGAUAUUGCACGAUUGGAAUGAUGAGGAAUGA